AAAGAGCAUUUUGAAAGCGGCCAGCGUGUAAUCAUAUUUCGAUUCGCCUUAACUAUGCUCAGGUGAAGAAAAGCAGAAGAAAAAACCAGCUAAGAAGAGGCUGCCUUCACCAUCGAAAACACCACCAGCUCCAAAACGAAAAGUAGCAAAACUAGGCACACCACGGGCAGGUGCGGCCAGCAGAAAAGAAUCAGAGAAAGAUGCUGGAGACUUGUCCGAUGAUGAAGACGAGUUUGUCGAAAAUUAUGAAAACGAAGAUCUACUACGGAUGGUAAUUCCACCAAGACCUCAGCCUUGCAUGAAACCUGAUGGAUCUGGAGCAAGGCUUGUGAUCAGGGAAAUCGUAGCUACUAAUUUCAAGUCAUUCUAUGGUACUCAACAUAUUGGUCCUUUUCACAAGAAUUUCUCGGCGAUUAUCGGUCCAAAUGGUUCUGGUAAAAGUAAUGUCAUUGACUCGUUACUAUUUGUAUUCGGCUACAAGGCUUCCAAGAUUCGUUCCAAGAAGCUAUCUGUCCUCAUUCAUUCUUCAAGGCAGCAUGACGAUAUCAAUAGUUGCACCGUAGAAGUCUUCUUCGAGCAAAUCAUCGAUAAGGUUCCUAUUUAUCUUGUUCUGCCUAUCGGUACAUCUCUUGUUCAGGAUGGUCAUUUCGAAGUUGUGAAAGGCAGUGAGUUCAGCGUCGCAAGAACCGCCUAUAAAACAAACAACAGCGUGUAUGCUUGGAAUGGCAAGACCAUGUCUAUAAAAGAGAUCGCUGGCCGAUUGAGGGAUUUCGGAAUCGAUCUUGUACAUAAUCGCUUUUUGAUCCUUCAAGUUAGUUUUAUUUUUGACAUUAUUGUCUAAGU